UACAUUAGGAGUAGGAGGGCUGCAGCUUGCAGUGUAUAAAUAGUGCCGGGCCUCCAUGCGCCCUCUAGCUAGCGGAAGUCUAGCUCCCCAAACAUCCGCUGAGAUACAGCAGCCGUCAGCGGCCUUACCUCCCCCCAUAUACCCCCAGCCAGUGACAACAGGCGGGCCCAGAGUGGCCAUGAACCCCAGCGCAGCCGCCGAGGGAUUCCCCGCAGUGCAGUUUUCUGGAGGAGCCACGGUGCUUGUGGAACUCACAGCUGACAUUCAUAUCUGCGGUCUCUGCAAGACUCAAUUCAAUAAUUUGGAUGCCUUUGUUGCACACAAGCAAAGUGGCUGCCAGCUCACCAAUGCUACCACAGGGGCCACAAGCACAGUCCAGUUUGUAUCAGAAGAAACAAUAACCCCGUCUCAGACAUCUACCCGAACUAUCACAUCAGAAACUCAGACGAUCACUGUUUCUGCUCCAGAAUUUGUUUUCGAACACGGAUAUCAAACCUUUCUGCCGAGUGAAGGGUCAGCAUCCCAGAGUACUGGUGGCAUCACCAUAGCCACAAAAUGUCGCUCCAGAAAAGUGUCGGCUUCCUUAUCCCAGAAGAAGCAGAGCUGCUACUACCCAGGUUGUCAGUUCAAGACUGCUUAUGGCAUGAAAGAUAUGGAGCGUCACUUGCGAACUCACACAGGAGACAAGCCUCACAAGUGUGAGACAUGCGGGAAGUAUUUCAGCCGGAAGGACAAGCUAAAGACACACAUGCGUUCACACACUGGAGAGAAGCCAUAUAAGUGUAAGGAGUGUGACUACAGCGCAGCAGACAGUAGUAGCCUCUGUAAGCACCAGCGCAUUCACACGGAUGAGCGUCCCUUCAAGUGUCAGAUCUGUCCAUAUGCCAGCCGUAACUCCAGCCAGCUCACAGUGCACCUGCGUUCACACACAGGUGAUGCCCCUUUCCAGUGUAUCCUAUGUAACUCCAAGUUUAAGAUCAACUCUGACUUGAAGAGACACAUGAGGGUUCACACUGGUGAAAAGCCAUACCGGUGUGAGUUCUGCGAUUUCUUCUGUGCUAUGAAGGGAAAUUUAAAGUCCCACAUAAAGAUGAAGCACAAUGCAGAGAGCACUUAUAGGUGUAAUCAGUGUGAGUUUCAUUGUGGAAGUAAAGCAGAUUUACGUCAACACUUACGAUCUCAUCUACCGGAGCAGCCUGUGAAGUGCCUGGAAUGCAGCUAUUCCUGCGCCAAUAAAGCAGCUUUGAAAGUCCAUGAGCGGAUUCACUCGAAGGAUAGGCCUUUCAAAUGCCACUACUGUCGAUUUGACACAAAACAGCGCAGUAACUUGACUACUCACAUUAAAAAAGCUCAUGGUGAACAACUUAAAUCAAAGCCUGAUGUGCAGAAACCAGAAGGGAAUUUUCCAAAGCAAUACACGUCACGCAAAAGUAACAAAGUAGAAGCUAAGAAAGCCUUUAAGUGCGACCUCUGUGAUGCUUCAUUUGUCAGAGAAGACUCUUUGCGGAGUCAUAAAAAGCAACACAAUGAGUUCAUUCUCAAAAAAAAUCAAGCGUUAUCUGUGCUGCAACUCACAAUCGAUCCACCUAGACAAAGUGACAAUGUGGCAGCAGAAAGCAUUGCUAAAGCCAAUCUAGCAACAUCAUUCAUUGAAAAACAAGUGGAAGUGGUGGUCAGCAAACAAGAUGAAGAAAUCCACAACACCAAGGUUACCUUGGGCAAAGCUGGAUCUUCUAAUGUGGAAAAAAAUGACCAAGAGACGAUCGCUAAUGACCAGCUCCAAAUGCUGAGUCAGGUCAAUUUAAUGGCCUCUCCUCCUUCUACUGCACCUCAGAACAUUACACCGGAAGCUACGUUACCUGUUUCACCAGAACAGACUGGUAAUGACAUCAUACAUGAGGAUCUCAUAGAGAACAGUGUAGACAGCCAAUGCUCAACCAACCCUACUUUCAUCACUUCAUCUGGAAUAAGCUGCUCAGACCUGGAUGCUUUUAUCCAAGAAGAAAUAACUGAGGUGAUUAUAGGUAGGGAAGGGGGUGAUGACCAUACUGCACCAACAUCUCAGUCAUCCCCAGUUUAUACUGCAUCCCCUCAAACACGCUCUCCCGAACAUAAGUAUACCAUCAUGCAGGGCAGUGCAAGCCCAGAACUGCUCCUGUGUCCUGCUGAUGCCAUACCAGAUUGACUUAGGUUAUAGACCUGUUGGUGGACUCCUGUUUUUGCUUCUAAUGGCUUUGGAGAAUUUACAUUUUGUUUAUAGCUGCAUUGAGUAUUAGUUACAUAAAAGAUUAUGGCAGCAGCUCCGAUACUUUGCUUCCAAUUUACCGGAUAAACUGGAGGAAUAUCAGUAAUUUCCUGUUCUUAUUUGUUUUGUAUUUUUCAUCUCAAAUUGUCUCUUAAGUGUUUAGCCUAUGUGACUUUCCUUAUGUUCAUUCUACAACCUUCUCUUUAUGUUUCAAGCCAGCAAAAGUGUAAAGACCAAAAUGGCCUGAAAGAUUGCUUCAGAAAUCAGUAUUUAUUUGGUCAUGGUGGAUAUUUUUAUAUUCAUUUCACUAAAACUUAUGACUAUAAAGAUAGCUAGUCUUUUAAAAAAAAU